AGGGCGGGGCAUGGAGGGAGAUAAAGAGAAGUUACUUCAGUUCGAGUCCCAAAUACCAUCGGGGGCUGCGAAACCGCAAACCGCGCUGCAAGGUUUACGGGAAAACUAUAUUGUUUUUCACGAUGCAUUUGUGCACAACGUGUGCUUGUUUAUAAAUAUGUUUAACGGGUUAUGCUAUGUCAAAAAUGCAAUGUUAUGUUGUUAGUUUAUUCUUUAAUAAAAACACAAAAAUGUGAUUUAAAGGUUCUUCACAGCCAUACCAAAGAUGAAAACGUUUUGGUAACCCAUAGAACCAUUAGUCCAAAGGAUCUUUAAAAAUAUUUCUUAUCUUAAGUCUGAAAAACAUUUUUGUGAUCAAAUUGAUGAUUUCUGGCAUUUUUGGGGUGCAGCUUUACUGUAGAACUGUGAAUUCUGUGAAAAUGUCACAGAAUAGUCAACUCAACACAUAUGCAAAAAUAUUUCAAUACAAGAAUUAAAAGGUCCUGUCUGGUAAAUUCUAAUUGAAUGUUAAGCAGAAAACUUCCGAUGAAAAGGAUGACCUUUGGACUUUUUUGUGAGGAAAACACCACAGUGUGUUUAUUUACCAUUCUGUAUUUUGUCUGACCACUGUCUCGAUUGGCCGUGUACAGCUGUGAAUGAUUUCUCCCUGUCCAGCAUUUAUUCUGUGAUAACAUAAUAUGACAUGAUAAGACUGAGAGAUGCUCAUAAAUGCUCAUUCAAGCGCAGGUUCAAAGAUGACAUUAAAGAACAAAUUGGUGCUGGAAUAUUACUUUGACAGUAAACCAUAUGGGAAAAACACAAAACAACACAAUACUACACAAUAAUUUGGUUUUAUGGCGUUUUGGACACAUCCGUGAUUCCAUUCAAUAAACAUAUGAUGUAGGUAGGGCAUUUAUAUGUCAUUGUGACCUGAAAAGUCUUUAAAAAUACACAGCUGAAGACUUUGGCCUUCAUCAGGGACGUAGGAAUGAACAAAACAAAUAGGAAGAGACACGUUAAUGACCUCACCAUCAGCUCAGCCCAUGAAUAUGUAAUUUGUGGGUUAAAUGGGGGUCUUAGAUAUUUCUUAAAGGGCUUCAGAUAAGAUUGGCUUUAAGGAAAUACCUGCAUAUAUUCAAGUUGCGGUCAGGUUCUUAGGGGUCGAUGACGUAAUCUGGCCGCUAGGGGGGGCGUGAGCUCCCUGACAUCGUGGAAGAACGGAGAUGAACUUUGACGCAUCAACACUUGAACACUACAAACCUCCUGAGUCUGCACAUUUACUGUACACUUAUCAGUGCAGAUAAUUACAACGCCAUGCAUUCACUUCAUGAUACUAUUUAUUAAUCAUUCAUUAUUAAACAUCAAGGUUUAGGGAAUAUCAUUAAAUUAAAGAUUACAAUUUGAAGGUUAAAUGGGAUAAAAAAGGAUUUUCUUUCUGCGUUAUAGGACUAGAUAACAGGUCAGAUAAAAAUGUAUUAUUCUUGAAAGUUAAUAAGAUUGGGCAACUACCCAAAGGCCUGGUGCAAAGAGAAAGGUUAGUCAAAUAUAUGCACGAUUGCUGUAUGUUAUAGUGCUGGAUGUUAGGCCAGGAGUGUAAAUUUGAGAUGUACAACGCACAACAUUUAUUUGUUUAUUCAACUCUGUUGCAUUUCUUUUACAAUCUUAAAUAUCAUUUAUUCUGAGAAUUUUCAGAUUAAUGAAAGGCAAAUUUACGGCCUGCAGUUGAUAUGAAUUCUAUCUUUCGCCACUUUUGUUGUAGAGAAGUUUUAUUUAUUUCAAAAAUACAUUUUCCACAAUUGUAUUCAUUUAGUUAUAGGCUACAACUGAAAUGCACACAUCUUUUUUCAUCAGGCCAAAGUAGCAUAAACCUAUUUGCUUAAACAUUAAAUAAUAUAUAAAUAAUAACAUGAAGUUCAUGUGCAAAAACAGAUAACUAAGAAAUUAUGUUUUUUUCGUGCCAAGUGAUAGGUGGGUUAAUUUGAUUAAGUAAUAAUAAUUCAAAUAACAUGAUAAUAUAUUUUUUUUCUUUUUAAAUGUCGUUGUUUUUGCAAAUAAACUCUUCAACAAUAAUACACACAAUAUCAAAAAACUGUAUUAUAAUAUGAUAAAUAACAGCAUAAUAAAAGCCUACAAUUAUUUUAAUGAAAAUGUUUCCUUUUUACGCAACAAGAACUUGUUAUAAUGGAGUUUUACCGCCCCCUCUCUUUCUCUCUCUCUCUCUCUCUCUCUCUCUCUCUCUCUCUCUCUCUGACCACGUGACAGUAUAUAACUCUCAUGUCCCUGUUUCGGUUGCUAAGGAAAAGAGAGACGGUCCAUGACAACGCUUUGCGCUCCGAACCGACAGAGAGAAACGCGAGACGGGUUUGAUCGUCCGACAGAGAAAGAGAGAGGUAGAGAGAGAGAGAGAGAAAGAGAGAGCCUCGAGCACGGCUGGAAACUUUACGCGUACGUCUCAAAGGAUUGCGCAUGUGAUUUCUACCCGCUCGGUUCACACAGACCGGAGUUAUUAUCACAUCAUCGGUUCGGUUCACAUUGCCGCCGGCCAGGUCAGCGUGAGAGUGCGAGCCCGGGAUCCGCGGACGGCAACCGGGACGAGCGCCGCGUGCCCGCGCAGGCACCGAUCAGCACGAGCUUUGACACAUCUGCGACUGUUACUGAAAGUUCGUGGCUGUGCUAAAAAAGUAUCCAUCGAGAUAAACUACAGAAAGCUCCACAAUGGCUCUUUGCUGGCAUCACUGCUUCGUUUGCUGACAUUGGACUUUGCCGUAUCGGAUCCGAGGUGAAGUCGUCUGCAGCACCAUGCGUCGCUGUACUGGGUCAAUCUUACAGAUUGAAACAGACACGGGGAGGCGGGGCCAACCCCACAGACCGCCUCACCCUCUCACCCCGUCCUGAAACACCCUUGAGACACACAGACAGACGCCGGGCUAGCCGGCCAAAGUAAUGGGCAAUUCCUCUCGAAAGCAGGCCGAGGACGACGGCGAAGGAGAGGAGAAGAAAGACCAUGAAAAGGCAGAAGGAGAGGAAGAGGCAGAGGAGGAGGAAGAAGAGGAGAUCGUGGAGGAUGACGACCUGCCGCUCGGAGUCGAUGACCUCUUGGCGAGCGGAGACCCCGUAUUGGACUUGAGCUACUACAAGUUCCGCCGCCUUCCUGGGCAAGUCCUAUAUUUGCAGUAUUUGGAAAAACUCUACGUCUGCGGGAAUCGUCUUCGCGACAUCCCCAAGGGCAUCGUUCGGCUGCAGGGUUUGCGCACCAUGGCACUCGACUUUAACAAGCUCGAUGAUGUUCCGUUGUCGGUGUGCCAGCUGACCAACCUCACGUGUCUCUACCUAGGAAGCAACCGUUUGAUGAGCCUGCCGGCAGAAAUGAGGAACCUACAGAGCUUGCGCUGCCUCUGGGUGGAGAGCAACUACUUCCAACACUUUCCCAAGCAGCUAUACGACCUGCCCCACCUACGCUCCUUGCAGAUGGGGGACAACCGUAUGCGCACCCUGCCCUCCGACCUAUGGCGCAUGGAGGCCCUAAGAGGUCUCUGGCUUUACGGAAACCGCUUUCAGGAGUUCCGCGUUCUCCUUAAGAUGGAGCAGCUUGAGAUUCUGGACAUGGACCGCAAUCGGAUAUCGCAGUUCCCCAACUUGCAUCAUCUCCCCGGACUACGCCUCUUCUCCUAUGACCACAACCCUGUGAAGGACCCACCGCGCGUUGGGGAGGAGGUGUUGAUCGUUGGGGAGGGAGCCGAGGAGGUCCUGCAAGCCAGAGAGAGGCGGAAAGAAGCAAAGGAGCAGGCGGAGAAAGAGGCGGAGGAGGCGGCGGCUGCGGCUGCAGCGGCGGCUAACCCCAUCAUUCACGGAAUACUGAAGAAACUGAGAAUGAGCUCCGCCCUUAAUCUGGCAGGAGCUAAAGAGAAAGAAACAAAUGGGACGGUGCCAUCGACAGAGCAGGAUGGUUAUGGAUCGCAAGGGGCGGAGCUUGAGAGACAAGGCGUGGCGCACGAUGAGACUGAGCUUGGGUACGAGGAGGAGGGUCUGGAGUAUGAAAGGGAAGAGCUAAUCUGUGAGGGCGAGGGGUAUGAUGAGUACGGAAGGGCGGAGCUAGAAUACGAAAGAGGAGGAAUGGACUAUGAAUAUGAAGAGGAGGACCUAGAAGAAUAUGCCUAAGUGGGAGGAGCUUAAUGUUUGCAUGGGUUACAAUAGCGUGCUGUUAAAAUUGAAGUUUGCCUCCUAACAAUUUUGCAGCCCAACAUGACAAAACUGCCCCUCUUUGGGGUGGACAUAUGUGGAAGUAUCAUUAUAUUCGCGAUUCUGUUUGAUGCCACCUUUAGGCAGACACAUGAGGGUUGCAGGUUCAAUCCCAAAAAUGAACUGGAGAAUAAUGGCACUUACGUCCUUGAUGGGAUGAUGUCUUUCUUAAAAAAAAGGAAAGAUAGUAUUAGUGGGAGAAGAUGGAUAUCUAAACAUGUUUUACUUGGAAAUACUGGCGGCUGUGCUUCUAAAUGACUGUUUACUGAAAAACUUUUCAAAGACAAAGUCGUGAACUAGCAUCACUCAUGCACCCAAAAGAUCAUCAAAGACGUACAACAGCGUUGCUAUUUUUAAAAGCACUUUGUUUGCUGGACCAUUGUUGCAAACACAAGACUUCAAUAAUGACAGGGUUUAAAGACUUCACAACUGUCAGAAAUCAACUGUGAAACUGCACAAAAUGAUUAUAUUGUGUGCUGUGUGUUUGUAAGAGCGUGCGUGCCGAGCUCUUCUUAGACAUGAGUGUACUGUUUAUAAGACACUUGAUACUGCAAUUGCGGUGAUGUGUGUUGGUGAAACCAAAUAUACUCUUAUUAAAUAACCAUGGAGUUUGUCAAACAUGUUUCAAUGAUUCAUGUCUUGUGGGGCGCAAAGAAAAUCUGAUAUCGGGCUGGACGAUAUCACUAAAAUCUCAUUUCAGCCUUUUGACAAUAUUUACUGUAAUACACUCUAAAAAUGCUGGGUUAUGUUCAAUGCAGCGUUGGGUCAGCAAUGGAUGAACACAACCGUUGGUUCCUAAAUUAGCCGCUGCGGUGUUUCUUAACCACAUAUAAAUACUUCCUGUUAACAGUUGGGUUGAAAAUAACCCCAAUUUUUUUUUGAGUGUAUCGCCCGGUUUCACAGACACGGCUUAUCUUAAACCAGGACUAUGCCUUGGUUGAAUGAAGAUAUUUUUGUCGCUUUUAUAAAAAUACCUUCAAAGAUUUCCUGUAGCUCAGUGGUAAGAGCAUUGCGUUAACAACGCAAGGUUGUGAGUACGAUCACAGGGGAUUGCACAUACCCAUGUAUAGAUGUAUAGAUAAUGCAAUGUAAGUCGCUUUGGAUCAAAGCGUCUUCCAAAUGCAUAAAUGUAAAUGUACGAUUACAUUACUGGUGUGCAUCUCGAGACACAACAAUGGCAGUGAUAUAUUUUAACAAGUUAUAUUCAGUCAAGCCUUAAGCCUUGUCUGUGAAACCGGGACAACAUGUCUUAAUAUUGGUGCAUCUGAAAAUGGUAAUUUUUUAUAUCCAUGUUAACCAUUGUCAUCAAAAGAUUCAAUCCAAGUGGGUUUAAAAUGAUUUAACGUAUUGAAAUGUUUCUUAAAGAUGCAAUCCGUAACUUCAUUCAGAAAUCUGUUACUGUACAAUUGCAUUAAAAAUCAGAGUUGAAAACUAGUACACAAGUUUUAAACAGAGAUGGAGAUAGAGGCGAAAGUUACCAAUGUAAUUCUGCUGCAGCUGUGUUGGGAAUGUUCAAGAUUCAAUAUAUCGCCCAGUCACAAGAUGACAAAAAUCCAAACCGCACUCACAGAAUUGAAGUUUCCACUUAAAAUCAUGGCGGUGGAAUACUUCAGCCAAGACAAGAGACAGAUCCUGAAGAAAACCAUCUCUCUGAUGUCUUCUUCUCGAAACACUCGAUGGAAAGACAGAGGAGAAACAUCAGAGAGAUCCUAGUGUAGUUGGAAA